AUGAAUGAGACUGGAUCGAGUGAGCAAAAUGGCGGUGCGGCCAACUCUAGUCGCCGUGGAGGUCUUCGAAAUCGAGGCAUUUCCAGCCGAAAAACGGGGCUUUCCGUCUCCUUCCACACACAAGAGGCCGAACGAACUUUGGCUUCCGCGCAAAUUGAAUAUGCUUCUGUGGAGUCAGUGUUUCAUGAGGAAGUCGAAUCGACAGCCAGAGAGGAUGACUUGGGCGACCCGGAGGACGGCAACAACGAAGGAGAUGACGCUUCACACGAAGAUUUGGAAGCCGGCAAAAAGGGAGAACCAGACGACUUGGAUAAUGAAGAAGAAGAGGAUGAUGAUGAUGACGAUGAUGAUGUUGACAGUUUUGAAGAAGAAUCAUUCUCCAUGGACAGUGAAGAAAUGAGAGAAGCUGCUGUCAGAGCUGGAUUCUGGGGAGUGAUUGCUGGUUGGAUUCAAAAUGAUCUGCUACAAAGGCUGUUUAACUGUCUUGAAUCUAUCCUGAAAUGCCUCAAAUGCGCUAGAGGAGGAGGCGGUGAAGAAGGAGGAGACGCACAGGAUGAUCUUGUGAACUUGGUCACUGAUGCUGUGGAUCUGGAUGAUGUUAUGCUGGCCAAUCAGCUGCCCGCCGGGUCCGGCCAUGGUCUUGCAACAAGUGGAAAUGGCGCGACAAGCUCUGCGACGACGAACGUUGCCGCCAAUACAGCUUUGACAUCGUCUACAACUACAACAGCACAGCAGACUACCACCAUUGUAGGCAUGCAAAUGGCAACAUCGGCAGCCCAGGGAGCUGCAGGGGCAACCGGUGCUGCAACGGCAUCGGCAGCUACAACAGCAGCCACAGCUACAGCCACAGGAAUUGUUGGUACUGUCAGUGGAGCUGUUGCAUCGGCAGGACUUGCCACUCAAGUGGGAGUGGUGGUUAGCGUCGCUGCUGUAACAGCUGUCUCUACAGGAGUUGCGGUCACUACUACUAUCAGUAAUGACCAGCCAGUCCAAACCGCAGUUCCUCGUCCUGAAAUUCUCUUGCCAAAUUGCACGGGAGACAGCAGGUCACUUCGAAAAACAGGAUUCGUGGAACUACACAUACAAGGAUUGCCGAUCGAAGAUGAUAUUGUUUUACCCGAAAUUAGGCAAGAAUUGGAGCUUCUCUUUCAAUCCAUCUACAAUAACUUGACUGGAAUGUGUUUGGAUCCAUUUGAUCGUGUCCUUUGGAAUGCCACAUUGGAGCGGUGGGAAACUUUUGUGGCUUUUGAAGAUAUUGAAUCAAUGAAUACUGGAAGCUCCAACAGCAGCAUUUCCACUGACCAAGUUCGGCCGCAAGCGACAACUAUCACCUAUUGGACUGCUGAAGUCUCCUGCAAUGGUUGUCCCGACUCUGAACCUCUGUUUGACAACACCAGGCUUGACGCAACCGGCAGAUCUCGUCAUCGGGGUCUCAAUGAAAAAAUCACCAACAGUAGCAGUACUGCCAGUAAUGGAACACACUCACCUUCGCCUAAGGUUGGUGUGGACCUGAGUUAUGAGGAGUUCUUCCCCAUCUUUGCCUCGAACUUUGGCUUUCAUCUCCCCCCAAUCGUGGUUUCAGUAGUGAGUGGUCUCAACAUCACAAACAGCUCAAUCGACUUCCUUGACCUGAUCCAAGUGGUCCAAGCACUUACCAAAUCACCUGUACAAGCUGCCAACAGCACAAGCGGCCAAUUUGUGACUGUGAAAUCCCUCAAGGAAGAUGACAUUCAAGAAUAUGACGAGUUUGUUCAGGCGUCAGGUGGACAAGUGACAACACCAUUUGUGGUAGAAGAACUUUCUCUGAUUGAAGACUGUGUCACAACAGAAAGGAUGGAAUCCUCUGAAGAUGAUAUCUGUGAUAGGCUGGGCUCCAUUGAUGCACAAGAAAUAGUUGACUGCUUGAAUCCUGGCACAUCCUCAUCAGCCCGUUGUUCAGUCCUUUUGGAAGGUUUGAUUUCAUCCUUCAAGGAUCAACUACAAGAUCAGACAGUGGUGCCUACUGUGGCUCCUGCGUUGAUUGAUGAGACCCUGCCAUUGGAUGAUGUGCAAGAAAUUGUAGCAGACACUGCUACCCUGAGUCCAAAUCCCACUUUUGACCCAUCUCCUCAAACAGUACUUGCAAUACCGACAAUGUCAGAGACAACACUCAGCGCUACUAGUUCAACCAUGGUGCCAUCCAUGGGACCAACAGCUCCAGCCACUAAUUCACCAAGCUUGGGGUCUGCUGGUAUUAAGAUUCCUACAAACAUACCGGGUUUUAUUGAUGAUGAAGCUGGAGCUUUGCCUACGCCAAAUAAGGUACCUUCUGCAACUGACAAUCCAACUGCAGGGACCACAACAGGUGAACCAACAGAAGUGUCUAGCAUUGCUAUGAAGCUUUCGAGUGGACCAAUGAUCAUGCCAACCAAUUAUCCCUUGGCACAGCCUCAAUUUCAACCUAUGUCCACUCCAACAAACAAGGGUCCUAUCACGGACGACCUGGCACCUCAGAUGGCUACUAGUACACCCAAAGCUCCUACAGCAAGCUCUUCUAACACCCCCACAGCAUCAUCUCCCACUCAAGCACCAUCUUUGCGUGCUACUAUCCCACCAUCAGUUCUGUCUCAAAUUAGUGUUGCACCAUCCCACCAUGCAAGUUUGUCUCCAGCAACAACUUCAAUGCUUUUUGCAUUCACGCAACAGGAAGGUUCCUUGGGCUCACCAAAGGUUGCAACUGGAUUUCCCUCAAAGAGCCCAGCCACUGCAACACCAACAAUAAGAGUGACGCUAUCAGAGCUUUCUGCAAGCAGAUUGAAUGCAUUCACAGCCAAGACCGCUGAACCAGCACCAGUGACAACCCCCAGGACAGAGCCACCCGUGGUAUCAACAUCAACAACAUCAACUGCGACCGUCACAAUUGAAGUGACCCCAUCUCCCUCAAAGCAAACGCCCAGCCCUACAUUUGAGCCUACACCUGAUCCUACACCUGAUCCUACACCUACCCCAACAGCUGAGCCCACACCUGGCCCCACAUUUGAGCCUACACCUGACCCAACAGCUGACCCGACUGCGCCACCGACACAGCCUCCAACGGAGCCUCCAACUAAUCCACCAACCAACCCUCCCAGUGUUCCACCCACUGAACCCCCAACAGAACCUCCAAGUUCCCCCCCUACGACGACUCCAACCCUUGCACCAACAGAGGCUCCAACUUUACCUCCUGCAGAUCCUCCCUCUGAGCGCCCAAUAAUUUCACCAACAACUCCACAACCAACUACAGAGGAGUGCAAUGCAGCCUUCGCUUUCUACAAUGAAACCUACUAUUUGAUCUUUCAAGGAGACCCUAGUGUGCUGGGGGACAAUCAAGUGACUUCUGCUUUCGAGGCUGCCUAUAUCAAUUUGGGGCCAGCUGUUUGUGAUCCGCAAAUCCUUGACGUUGACGUUGAAGGCCGGUAUACUCGACGGCACCUGCAACAACUCAAUCCACAGCACACUCCAAACUCGCAACCCAACUGCUAUGCCCACAAAGGUGCCAACCAGGACUCCUAA